UCCCAUAUCGAGGGUGCAUGAGCCGCGAGUAGAUAGGCGCCGUGCCACUCCGCCUUCGCGCCCGGAGGUUCCGAGUUAGUGCCUGGCGGUCCCGGGUUCGCGCCCGAGUCCCCGGCGGCCCCGCCCCUCCGCACUACAUUUCCCAGGCGUCCCUGCACGGCCAGCGCGGCCGCGGCUUCUAUCGCCAGCUGGGACGCGCCGGGACAGGCGCGCGGCCGGGCGCAAUGGCCGAGUGGGGCGAGCGGCUGGCGGGCGUGCGCGGGGUGCUGCUCGACAUCUCGGGCGUGCUGUACGACGGCGGCGAGGACGGCGGCGCGGCGAUCGCCGGCUCCGUGGAGGCGGUGGCGAGGCUGAAGCGGUCCGGGCUGAAGGUGAGGUUCUGCACCAACGAGUCGCAGAAGGCCCGGGGAGCCCUGGUGGGGCUGCUCCGGCAGAUGGGCUUCACGAUCUCCAAGGGCGAGGUGACGGCCCCGGCCCCAGCUGCCUGCCUGGUCCUGAGAGAGCGAGGCCUGCGGCCACACCUGCUAGUCCAUGAAGGAAUCCGCUCAGAAUUUGAUCAGAUCGACAUGUCCAACCCAAACUGUGUCGUCAUUGCUGAUGCAGGAGAAGACUUUUCUUAUCAAAACAUGAAUAAAGCCUUCCAGGUGCUCAUGGAGCUGGAAAAUCCAGUGCUCAUAUCACUGGGCAAAGGACGCUACUACAAGGAGACCUCUGGCCUGAAACUGGACGUUGGUGCCUACAUGAAGGCACUUGAGUAUGCCUGUGGUAUCAAAGCCGAAGUGGUGGGGAAACCGUCUCCUGAAUUUUUCAAGUCGGCCCUGAAAGAGAUGGGGGUGGACGCCCACCAGGCCAUCAUGAUUGGAGACGAUAUCGUGGGUGACGUUGGUGGUGCCCAGCGGUGUGGAAUGAGGGCGCUGCAGGUGCGGACUGGAAAGUUCAGGCCCAGCGACGAGCACCACCCGGAAGUGAAGGCUGAUGGGUAUGUGGACAACCUUGCAGAGGCUGUGGACCUGCUGCUGCUGCACUCGGACAAGUGACGGGCCUUGUGGGAGGGCCCCCCAGCCUCCUGCCACCCCUCUGCAGUGCCCGGACCACCCAAGGCCCUGUCCUCUGCCCUGAAUGGGCAGUUCUGCCCCCCGGCCUCCCGCCACCUCUCUGCAGUGCCAGGCGGUUCUGGGCUGCCCUGCCCCUGAGCUUGAGCCAGCCAGCCCUUGCCUCUGUCUCCCUCUGCCAACCCCUUCCGCCCUCCCUGUCCCAAGUCAUGGGCUGAGCAUCCCCUCCCCGGAUGGUGAGGGGUUGGGACAGACAGCCCUCCGGGCAGGGGCUGGAAGGGCUCCGGGAGGGCCCGGUCAAGACCCAUUUGCUCUCCGUUCCCUCCCGGUCCUCUAAAUGCUCCACCUAAUGGCCUCGGAGGCAUUUGCCCUCUGCCUCUUCAUUAAACAUUCCUGUUUUAGCGAGGAACCCAGAGAAGGCUGGGCCUGCGCAGUCCACGUAGCCCAGAGCUGAGCCGGCCUCCUAGGACUACUGGCCCCUGACCAUCCCCCGGGUUCCCACCAGGCACCAGAGUGGUACUUAGCCUUCCCCACACACCAAACUGCCAGCCCACCAUCUUUCCUGUCCCCAUCAGUCACCUCAGGAGCCAGAGGCUAGGGCAGCCCCCAGGGGCACUGUCCGGCAGAGCAAGGAGUCAAGCCUCCAGAAUUCUGGUUACAGGCCUAAGGGUACUUUCUGGAGCCAUAACUCAAGAACUUUGAAUGUACCCUGCCCAGUGGAUAUAGGAGGAAGCUAAUAAAUAAACUCUGCCAUGACCUGGU